CUGAAUAGAGAUAGUGACACCAAUACAAACACCCAGAAACAUGAUAGACAUGUCUUGAUAAAAAAUGUCUAUGAGCGUUUUCAGUCAUGAAUCUUAAAUGUCUGAAAAAAAGCUUUAGUUUAUCCCUGAUUGAAACUUUCACUUUCAUAGGUCACAUGUAGACCUGAGUUAAUGAGUCAUUAUGCUUUCGAUGGGCUUAAGUACAUUUAGGUAAUGACAUCAUCGAGCUUAAAGACAAUGACCUCCCUUUGUUUAUAAAUGUAAACUGUUACCAAAGAUGGUUUAAACCGGUCCCCUAAAAGAGAAAAACGUCACCUCCUUCCUCCUACGCAUUUCCCUACGCCUACAACAAACUGUAUAAGAGUCCCCGGCACAAAUGAUCGGCAUGACUGCACUACACAAAACACAAACAACUGGCUAACAUGUUUUCAGAAGCAGAGUGUGGAAUCUGUUACCAGACAUCGCCGGCUCGCGGUGUCCCCGUCAGCUCAGCUGCAAACACACAUUUUGUGAAAGAUGCCUGCCUGGUGACGCUCGCGCGGGCAGCGGAGAGCCCCGAACCUGCGACCCUGUGUCCGCUGUGCCGACACUUCACGUCGCUGUCAGAGGCGACGAUCAAAGAGAAGCUGCCGGUAGACGAGGACAUUCUGGAGCGGCUGGUAAAGGCAGGCUGCUUUGAUGAAUGCGCGGAUGAAGACGAGGAGCCGAACGAGGACCUGUCCAACCAGCGUAAAGAAGAGAGUUUACUCCGACAACACCGAGAGGACGCCUGACUAUAUGACUGACGAAGAUUUGAGGGACCUGGCAAUGAUGACCUGUUACAUGACGUAAUUAAGACGAAUCAGUGGAUCCAUGUGGAAAAAUGAUGUUGCACCUUAAGAAGCUGCAUGCCACAUCAGCAUUGCUGUGGGCACAGGAGUGCUUUUUGCUGUUGCGUGGACUCGCCUUAACAAUAGCAAUUUUGACAUUGUUAUAUCUCAACACAAACAUCAAAACAAAAGUUUACCGAACAUAUUUAUGAAUGUCUUAUCAUUUCUUAAUGGUUAACUUGUACAACAUUACAUUAUAUUUAUUCUGGAUUAUUGUUCAUUGCUGCAAUUUUGCUGUUGCAAAAUUAUGGGCUUUAUUCUCAAAGAGUUGUGUACAUGUUUUCUUGUAUUAACUUGUAUAUGCAAAAAUCCAAAAUAGAGAGUUCAUAUGAACUAUUAAUAUUUAUUAUAACUGUAAUUUAUUAAUGUAUCAAAUGAAGACAAACAAUAUACUGAAUAAAUGUUUUGGUUGUUAAACAAGUUACAUAAUUAGUAAAGGCUAAAAUACACUACAAGACUUUUUCUCUGAUUUUUCCCAGAUUUUCAGUCUGGAUUUGUUGCAGAAAGUCUGUGCCAGUCUGCAAAUUUGAUCAGUUAGUGUGUUUCUAUCUGAAACUUUCAAAAAGUCUGCAAGUGUAUGAUGUCUAGUUAAAAAAAAUCUGUUCAGAUUUUAAAAGUCUUGUAGUGUAUUCCAGCCAUUACAUAAUUUACAUAAUUACUCUCCUGUUGAAGUAUUGUAUUUGGUGUAU